UAUAACCGUAGAUCCCAUCUCCAUGCCACACCUGGGCCAGUAUCGACACCAAGAUCCCGAUCUAGAGAGGACACGUGUCACACAAAUAACACACGUGGCCUCCAAGCGAUUAGCCUCACCUGCCACGUUCCCGCUCUCACGAGCAAAAACCGUCGAAGCCUAAAACCACCUCCAAAGCCGAAUGCUCCCUCAAUUCCAAGCCCAGUCUCCUCCUCCUUCACGAUAACUCUUAUCCUCAUUCUCCUCUCGCUCUCUGAGAAUAAAUUUCAGCUAAGAAUAGCUUCCAAGAGAUGGGAUCCGCGACGUUCCUCGAAGUAGUACUGGCCAUACUGUUGCCACCUCUUGGAGUCUUUCUCCGUUAUGGAUGUGGUGUGGAGUUUUGGAUUGACCUUUUGCUGACCAUAUUGGGGUAUAUUCCGGGUAUUAUAUAUGCCAUAUAUGUGUUGGUAGCAUAAUGUUAUGAGCGGAUAGGUGGUAUGUUGAUGGAAAUCUUAUUAUUAGUCUUGUGGUGCAAGCACGGUGGGAAAAGGAACUCAUAGACCUUUUCAAUAAGAUACAUGUCGGUAUCGUAUCUUUUCAAUGAUCGAAUAGCCCCUUCAGUAUUAGGCUUUGCAAUGCUCUGCACGUUAUCGAACCUUUUGUGUUAAAAAAUAAUCUAGCAUCAUUUCAACAAACUGUGAC